AUGGAUCAAUUUGGCCAGUCCUUCGAUUUGAAUUGCGUAGCUUCAACUCGGAAUUUUGCUUUCUCGACACCCGAAAAGCCAUCAGUCAAGAAAAAGGCCCUUCCAGGAGAAUACCUAGCCAUAUCUAAUUAUUUUAAAGAGGCUACUUGGACAGCAGAUGGGACUUGCGUAAUUACAAAUUCGGCGGACAACACUAUCAGAACUUUUGUGUUAGACCACCCCAUUCGACUAACUUCUGCCUUAUAUCCCGGAUUCUCAGCUUCGUACAGCCUUGUCUCACCUACCACUGAGGCUUUCAUUACGCCACAUUCCAUCAUCUACCCAACCAACCUUAGCGGGACGCAGUUUCUGACAGGUUCGGAUAGUUUGAUAUGUCUGUUCGACGUGUCCCGUCCUGGAAAAGACGGCCCCGUGUCCACACUCCAAACCAUUCCAAGCAAACGGAAGAAAAUCGUUGGUGGCGGUGUUGGAAUGAAAGGAAUCGUUUCCACCAUGUCCAUCAGCCCAUCUGGAGACGGAGUUUUGGCAGCAGGUACUUUCACGAGGUACAUAGGCCUUUACGCAUCCAACGGGUCCGGUGAUACAAUCGCCACAUUCAGUGUUGAAGGCACGGUAGCAGAUUCGCGCAUCGGUGGUAAGGGUAUUACACAGGUGCUUUGGAGCCCGUGUGGCCGAUAUUUGUUCGUCAUCGAGCGAAAAAGCAGUGGGAUUCUUGUGUACGAUAUUCGAGUGACUGGUCAACUGGUGGGAUGGUUGGAGGGGAGAGGCGGAAUGACCAACCAAAGACUCAAAGCAGAUAUUGUUCCUGGAGACGAACGUAACGCCACGGAAGUUUGGGCUGGUGGGACUGAUGGAAGGCCGCAAUGGGAGAAGCGAGUUCAUGAUGACCCUGUAACCAGUGCUGUGUUCCACCCGAUGGGCGGUGUUUUAGCAACCUGUUCUGGUCAAAAAAAGUAUCCACCUGUCGAUGCAGAUGAGAUGAUGGAAGGCAACGCCAAUGACGGCAAUCAUAGCGAUGGAAAUAUGGCAAACAAUAUCGACAACUCCUUGAAAAUAUGGGCACUUUAA